GCGUGUGUGUUUAAGGUAGUUUUAUCAGUGUGACCCAGCUGUGUUUGAUGCUGCAGUCUUAACGCUCCUUCAGACUGAUACUGACACACAGACACGCUGUGUGUGUGCUGGCAUGCGGUGUGUUGCGCUCAUGUUGAAGGUGGUGCUGUCAGUGCUGGGCAGUGAGAUGAUCGUGGCUCAGCUCUGGUGUCCGGAGGUGUGCUCCUGCACGGGCGGUGUGGUGGACUGCAGUAAACGCGGCCUCACCACGGCCAGCCUGCCCUCGUCCUUCCCUCCACACACCACCACACUCCAGCUGAACGACAACCACCUGACGGCUCUGCCCCCCGGCCUGCUGGACUCGCUGCCCACCCUGCACCGGGCCGCUCUCCACGGAAACCCGUGGUCAUGUGACUGCGGCAUCCUUUAUCUGAGAGGAUGGCUGCUGAAACAGAGCAACCCCGCUUCCAUACAGAACGUCAGCUGCAGUUCUCCUGCUCACCUGCGGGGGCGCCUGCUCGUGUAUCUGUCCGAGCAGGAGCUGCUGGAUUCUUGUCGUUACUGGAUGUGUAAUCUGGCUCUGGCCUCUCAGAUCAGCCUCUUCAUCUUCAUCACUGUGCAGGUGCUCCUGCUGGCCGCUGUCAUCCUCUUCCUCCGGCGGUUUGAGCUGCUCAGCCGAGAGGCGCGGCGCACGGCAGCGGAGAGCUUGACGGCGGAGGACGGCGCGACGCAGAGUAAUGAAUACGUCUCGUUGAAAGACAGGAGCCUCUAGGAGCCACCAGAGCAAAACAAACGACUGUGUUCAGUUUCAGUGUAAUCAUUUUGCACAGUUCAUUUUUAUUUAUCAUAUUCAAAUUUCCUUUUAAAUUGAUCUGCUUUUUUGCAUAGCUACAUUUUCCAGGCAUGCAAUAAAAAUGCUUCAUGCAGUUUAGACAAUCAAAUGUAAUGUUCACUGUAAAAAUCACCCUAACUGGGGAAAAUAAGGAAUAAAUCCAUUUGUUUCCUACUUUCUGUGUAAAAAAAAAAAAAAAAAACUCUUUUUGUAAACUUGAUCCAAUGGUCACAUUGGUGCAUAUUUACAGGUGCAUGUGUAUGUGUUCUUGUUAUUCAUAUCCUUUUCUUUUUAUUGCUUCAAUAAAAUAGUUUUGUUUUAAAACAAAGCGCAAUAUUC